UGAAAAAGAUAUGGUAGUUGGUGUUUGAGGUCUACAUGAAUAUGCCGUUACCGUAGUUAGGCGUUUGAUGUCGUAUGUACAAAACUCGAGGAUGUAAGAACCCCACCGGUUGUAAGUAAAGAUGCAGGUCUUGUGUUAAUACUGUAUCAAGCUACAAGGUUUAGUGGAAAACAAUAUGUGCAAUGACUGAAUUGAUACCUAACGCCUUGCUCUGAUCUCCCGGCAAAUCCGAAUUAUUGUCAAACUACGGAAUGUGAUAAUAUUGUGGAAAUUACAGUGAAUGAUCAAAUCGACUAAUUUUUAACGUGAAACUUGUAAGUGAAUUGAUUGUAUAAUGAAAUUUUGUAACGUUUUCUUGAAAUGUGUUUCAUAUGCAGGUGUAUCACAUAUUGAAAGAGGCUCGAAGUGUUUCGUAUUCAAGUGGAAAUUAACUGUAUGUUGACGGCCUGAUAUUCGGUGCGUGAUUUGAAAACAAACGCAGAUCAGUUUACCAAUGACAGAUUAAUCUGCAUAGUGCCAUUGCAACCGGUUAUGUGUUAUCGUAUUCCAAAGUGGGGAAAUUGGUUUGUAUAUAUUUUCUCAAAAAGUGUGAAAUGAAAUAUGAAUAUAUAAGUGACUUUACUGGUUCAUCAUUGACACAUUCACGUAUCCUAAAGAAGUGAAUGAACAAUCUUCUAACAUGGAUGAAGGCAAUGAAGUUUUGGUAUGUGCAUCAGAAUAUGUGAAAGAUCGCCUCUAUUUUGUGACACUUCGCACUACUGUUAAGCCAAAGUCCACAGCUAACACUCAUUAUUUCAGUGUGGAUGAUGAGUUGGUGUACGAGAACUUCUAUGCCGAUUUUGGACCGUUGAAUUUGGCAAUGCUAUACAGGUAUUGCCAAAAACUCAACAAAAAAUUGAAGUCAUUCUCAUUGGCAAAGAAGAAAAUUGUACAUUACACAACAAUGGAUCCCCAGAAGAGAGUGAAUGCAGCAUUUUUAAUGGCGUCUUACGUGAUAAUUUAUCUCAAGAAAACUCCAGAAGAAGCGUACAGGCCACUGAUCGGGGGUACAAAUCCACCAUUUCUUCCUUUCAGAGACGCAUCCUUUGGUAUGUCCGUGUAUCACAUCACAUUAAUGGACUGCCUUCAUGCUGUUCAUAAAGCUCUGAGCAUGGGUUUCUUCAACUUUGAAGAUUUUGAUGUUGAUGAGUAUGAGUAUUAUGAGAGAGUGGAGAAUGGUGACUUGAACUGGAUUGUGCCACGAAAAUUCCUUGCUUUCUGUGGUCCUCACGCAAAGAGCAAAAUUGAAAAUGGUUACCCCCUUCAUGCACCUGAGUCAUACUUUGCCUACUUCAGGAGGAAUUAUGUUACAACUGUAAUUCGACUUAAUAAGAAGAUAUAUGAUGCAAAUAGGUUUACAGAGGCUGGCUUCGAUCACCGAGAUUUAUUUUUUAUCGAUGGUAGCACUCCUAGUGACCCCAUCAUGAAACAGUUUCUUGCCAUUGCAGAAAGUAGCCCAGGUGCCAUUGCUGUCCAUUGCAAAGCUGGCCUAGGCAGAACAGGCUCUCUCAUUGGAUGCUAUAUCAUGAAACAUUAUCAUUUCUCAGCACAUGAGACUAUCGCAUGGAUCCGAAUGUGUCGUCCAGGGUCAAUUAUUGGUCAUCAGCAACAGUGGCUUGAAGAGAAGCAGUCUUACAUGUGGCUUCAGGGUGAUUUGCAUCGUUCACAAAAUAAUCAGAACACAAACGUGUAUCCAAAACAUGCAUAUGGCAUCUACAGCAUUGAGAGCAAAUCUCUCAAUUUUGAAUUAAAUACACAGAAUGGUAAGGUAGUGAAGAAGGACUCAAAGGUACCCGAUAAUGUGUCCAGGAUACUCCAGAAAGUGGACACAAUGAAACUAGAUGACCAAGAAGAUGAAAAUAAGAAUGAAAGAAGUUGCAGGAGGAAAUUGCAAUUAAUUGAGGAUGCUGCCAACCAAAACAGUGAAGAGUCCAAGAGAAAUAUUGCUGUGAUGACACAGGGUGACAAGUUAAACCAGAUCAAGGCACUGAGGAGACAUCCAAGAUCAGUAACAACUGGUGCCGUGCACUUGGAGGAUGGCAGACCACAUACCAGAGCCAGGUCACAGCCAUUCCGAAGUGGGCAACAGCAGCAGAUCCCUCACACAAUCCUCUCCCCAUUAAAGGCAGCCAAAGUAAGCAGUACCAUAGUGGCUGCCCACAAUAAGGACAAAGAAACAGUAUCCGCAAAGAGAACAUCACGCACCACUACUGCCGUAACUAAAAGAAAUACCUGGCUUCUAAACUCAAUGUAUGGAUCAAAUCGAUCACUAAAUAUCAGCAAAGUUAACCUAACCCAUCCCACAAGACCAGUUACCCGAGCUACAGUGAAAGCUACGCCCACAACCUCAAGUAGUCCUUCCCCAUCAUCAGGUUUGGGGAUGACAUUGCGCAGUGCAGAUCGAGUCACCAGAUAUCAUACUGUUCGCCAUGCUCGAACCUCCUCCUCUCGGAGUUAUAAAACAGCUUUUAUCAGAUGACUAACCAAAUUACCAACAGUUUCGAACCAACCCCCAGUUCUUGUGAGGAAUGAUUUCCGCAGCAGGAGCUGUUCUCGCCCAAGAAAGAGUAAUGGUUUACGCAAACAAGACUCGGCUGCUGAAGAGGUGAAGACAAGUUCAGAGACAGUGGCUACAGGACAGCGAUGUAAUUCCCCAUCCACAGCUACUUCUCGAUCCCACAGGAACAUUCCACAAUCAUCAGAUUGCAAGAAAAAUGAACACAUCAUGUUAAAGGAACGGGGUAAACGCCCUCUAAGCAACACCCGGGAGAAACAGUCACCCCAUCUAUCCAAGGCCAUAUGUCGCGGUGAGUCCGUGGUCGAAGAGACAUCAUCCAACAUCUUGUCACCUUCCCCAUUCCUGUCCGGUAAUCAAGAACUGAAGCUUUCAGACCCUUCAUUGCAACAAAAUUUCCCAGCCAUUACACUUAUUCCUGAGCAAGAUUCAGUGAUGGAAAAAAGCUUACAGCCAUUAGGUAAGAAACUGGUUUUGCCUAAACUUAGAUUACGAGAGAAGGUGCACAAAGAAUCAGAUACAGGCACUAACAUAUUCAAGCACAGGAUGAUGAAACGAACCACUGUUACUAGUAUUAAACGAACGACUGUUCUUAACUCCAAAGUUAUUAGGAGAAAAACUUCCUUGGAGAAAGUCUCUGAUUAAUUAUAUAAUUUUUUUCUUGCACUGCUUGCUAAUUUUCUGAAGCUCGUGUUUUAAAUGUCUUGUUUAUCUUGACCUCAUGGUAUCUGAGACAGGACUUACCCAUAUACUCUUGCAAGACUAAAUGUGUCACAAGUAUGGGAAUUUUAAAAAUAGCUAGAAUUAUGUAUUUUCAGUGCUAUUAAAAUAGUAUUUCCUCUGUUUGCGAACAUACAAAAGGUGCUGUAUGUUGAGGUGGAAUUUAUUGUUGGAUCAUGACAGAUAGCAGAUAAAAGAAACUUUCCAUAUAUUUAUUGCUAUUGUUUUCCGUGUUUUCGCAGAAGACAGUGUGCUGAAUGGAGUUGCAUUGUUAGAUUUUUGGUUUAGCACAGCAUUUGAAUUGUUAACUAUCAAGACAGUAUUGCCGUAAGCAGAUUUCCCUAAAUUCAAGAUCAGUAUAUAAGUUCAUUUUUAUGUCAGAAUUAUUUGUUACUCAGAAUGUUAUUUUCUGCACUCUAUGAAUUGUGUAAAUCCAAAAAUCAAUCCCUUAGUAGUAAUAGACUACCAAGAGUUUUUAUGUCAUAUUUUCUGCCAGCCACAUAUCUCUAGUAUUGUGAGAUUAGGACCACUUCAGAAAUACUUUGUAUGUUUCAUUUUACUGUGAUUCUCUCAGAUAUAGAUCAUGUACAAUUUUUAUAUAGUAAGAUCUAUGUUAAAGGGAUUUUAUGCAUGUAAAUUUUCAUAUAUCACAGGAAUUCAGUUUGGUAAAACACUAUCAUCUUUUUAUGUAAGGAAUACGCAUAAUUGAAUUUUAUUUUUACUUUUUAUCACAUGUUUCUCGUGCAUAAAAUAUAAUUAUUAUCUGCACUAAAUGGAAUGGUUUGUUUAUGUUUUUAACUUACAAAAUUCAAAUACCAUAUAAUUUGCGUGUAAAUAUAUUCAUUUCUCAGAUGGUACAAGAGAUAGAUUGGGAUAAUCAGGUGUUACUUCAUUUAUUUUACAGUUUUUUGUUCUGUGGUUUCUGUGGAUAACAUAUGUUACAAUUUGAGGACUUUUAGUUAUGGUUAACAUAUUAUUUUACUAGUCCAUUAUGAAUCAAAGAAACUUCUAUAAUAUCAUUGUUGUAUUUAGGUACAUUCAUAAAUUAAAAACUUCAGUGUCACCAUAACAUACAAAAGAACAUACCUUGAAUGUUUUGGUAUGGGAUUUAAUUAUCAUAGCAGGUUUUGAAAUGAAAUACAUUUUUUGGAACAACUGAAGAUAUCAAAGUGCAGCAAAAUCUCUAUGUAACAAAUUUACCAAAAUGUUUCUUGUAUUGUUAUGUAAAAUUUCUUUGUUUCAAUUUUUUAGUAUCUAGAAUUGUAUCUUUGUAUACCUGGCACUGAAUGUAUAGUGAACAUUACUUAAGUCCAUAUUGUACUGGGAAAGAGCAGGUGUCUUAUGAGCUUGCUUUCGAUAAGUUGCCUAUGUUGUUCCUUGUGUCAUUUAGCAAAAUUAGCUUCAGUUUAAAUCCCUCCAAGAUUUACAUAUAUGUCUUGCAGGGUUCAUCUUUAUAUAACACAUUCAGUGUGGUAUCACACAGAAUAAAUUUCAAAUGCUCGUAGAACAAACAGGGUUCAAUAUGUUAUGAUAUUUUAAGUAAAGUUAAAAAUUUACAUACACAAAGUUUGAAUAUUAGCUAUUGGGAACAUAACUGCUGUGUGAGAAGUUUUUAUCGGCAUCUAAGGCAAAUUACAGCUAUUCAGAAUAUUGCCCACCCAUGUUUGUAAUAUGUUCUUGCAACCCUGGAAGGCUGCAAGUGUCAUAAGCAGAUCGGUUUUUCUUGAUGUUGGCAAGAAAUAUACUUCUUUGAUAUUUUUCCCAGCCAUCUUUCUUCCAUGAAACAUUUUCUUCGCUCUUAAGAAGAAAGCUUCCAGCAGAAGAUUUUUUAAAUCCUUAAAUAAAGAAGGGAGACUAUAUGGGGAAUAUUGGGAGCGCUCAUAUGAUUCGCUCUGCUUCUGUGCCAUGUCUUUGAUGUUGGUAUCCACUUCGGCACAUUUAUGUUAUGCAGCAUGAUCAGUGGAUCUGUGUGAAAAUAUGGCAGCUUUUGUUUUAGCACAGGAUGUGCCAUAAACUUAACAGUAAGUAGACUGUACUGUUAGUAGUCAACACUGUGAGAACCCCAAAUCCGAACAUGUAAGAGUAAAUCUAUGUUCUGACAGCUUGGUUCGCUGGGACUGCAUGGCAGGGUAUGACACCACCAUUUGCCACAAUCAGUAUAACUCUGAUAGUACAUGAUUCUUGGAAGAUUUUCUUUCUACAGAAAGUCUCUUUAGUUAAUCAUUCACCAAUUACUGUUUUAGUUCAGGCUCAUACUUCAUUAUGGUGCAGGAACACAUCUUGUGUGCACCAGUGUUACAGGCCAAGGUGAGCUAGUGUAUAAUGCUUCAACUUUUGCUCCUUUGAGAGAUGACUGGGACUACAUGGUACCAUCAUAUGCAUUCUCAGGAUGUCUGUUGCUAUUCCUUCGCCUGUCACAGUAUUGGCUACCAACUAUCAUUCUGUCAACCUGUACACAUCCAUCUGUAAUAACAUAAGUUCACAUACUUGCUGGGAGUGUGCAUUUGGCAUUCUGUGGUUCUUUUAUCCUGUCUUGAUCAUCAUGUAAGACGUUUUUGAAGCUACAUGCUUCCUGCACCUGUCCCUAACAAUCCUCCAUAUUAUAUCCUUAACAAAUUUUAAUUUGAUAUCAUAAUAAUUUUUUGUGUCUGUUAUACAGGAGAGCUUUCAUUACAGUGUGAUCAAUAACUGUAAACACUUUCCCUCUUCUGGAACCUAUGGAUAUUUGUACUACUUAAGGUUCUACUGCAACAUAUUCUUUUGUUAUCUUCGAUGAAUAUCCAUUAUUGAGUAAAUGCUAGUAUGUUACUCAGCACUAACAUUGUUGAUAAGAAUGUGUGAAUACUUUUUAAAGUGUGUGAAUUUUAAAUAUUUUUUGUACUUAUAUAUUAGAAAAUUCUGUAUGGCCUUACUUUUUAAUUAAGAUUGAAACUUUAUUUUAUCUUUUUAACUGGAUGUAAUUACCAGAUUAUCUUAUGGCUCGCUUUAAGAAACUUGCUCUUUUGGGUAUAAUUUUACUACUUUACUUAAUUUAGAGGAAGCAACCCUGCAAUACAAUUUCCAGACUUUGUCUGUAAAAAUGAAAUACUGUCCGGUUUUUCAUCAGCUACAGUCUUACGCAAUAUGAUAUAGUUAAUUAUGCUACUUCUGCUUGCUUUAUUUCUCCCCUUCUUUGUACCCUCUUUGGUCCCAUAUUAUCAGAGAGUGUUUUUUUU